CCGCCAUCUGUGCUGGAGGAAUCGCGCAGCAUCACACAGGUACGCCGUGCUCGACCUUCACCACAACAGACUCAAGAUUCCCAUUAUGCCUUAUUUUAUGGAAUAGCACCCUGUGAAAGCUGCCUGUCUCUCCAGCUCCUUCUGCUCACUCGUGUCCACUGGGUUCACUGCUGCCUUGGCUGGAGCCUUCCGCAGGCCUCAGGCACUUUGAUCCACAUUUGCGGAACAACAGCUAACUUGGCCUUUUAGAAGCCCAACCGGCGCAUCUCCUGUUGCCUGCUUCUAAAAUCUCCCACCUCCUUUCGUGACCCGCCAUUCCGUCCUCUCACAUCCGUCACCCUGUCACGACUACCCACACCCCAACUUCCUCAAGUAACCUGAUACAUACUCCACCGUUGCUGUUCACAUAUAUGCACCAUGGCCAGUAACCGCGCCAGGCGCAUCCAAAAGGAGAUCGCCGACAUCAAGAAUGACCACGCCUGUGGCGUCUCGGUUGAGCUGUUCAAUGAAGAGGAUCUAACACAUCUCAAGGGCGUAUUCAAGGGCCCACCAGACACUCCGUACGAAGGCGGCACGUACAAGGUCGACAUCAUGAUCCCGCCCGACUAUCCUUUCCGGCCCCCGGUGAUGAAGUUCCUGACCAAGAUCUGGCACCCCAACGUAUCGAGCCAGACGGGUGCCAUCUGCCUCGAUACCCUCUCGACCAUGUGGUCCCCGGUAUUCACCCUGAAGAACGCCCUCAUCUCCCUUCAGUCCCUCUUGAGCACGCCGGAACCGAAAGACCCGCAAGACGCCGAGGUGGCAGGCAUGCUGCUGAAGAACCCUAGGGAGUUUGAGCAUGUUGCCCACGACUGGGCUGUGAAGUAUGCCGGAGCACCGAAGCGACAGAUCGCCGAGAGCAGUGGAGGUGCCACAGCGGAGUCGAUCAAGCGUAAAGCGCAACAAGCGAAGGAGCAGGAUAAGAAGGCCAGGCUCGCAGCGUACGCGCCCCACGAGACCACGCUGCGGCUAUUACUGACGUGAUGUAGUUAUCAUGGUUACAACAAAGCUCUCGUCGACCGUUUCGUCGAAAUGGGCUUCGAUGUUGAGGCAGUGGUCUCGGCCUUCGAA